AUGGAUGCUAGUCUGCACAAAAAUCCCUACAGCAACGGAUUUGACAUUCUAUGUGCAGACUGCGGGUCUCAUUUUCCUUCCUAUGACUCUCUCGUUACGCACAUCAGCUUCACACAUCCAUCUUCGGCAACACAGGAACUAGCAUGCAAGUCUGGCGAAGGCGACACAAGUGAUCGACACCCCCAAUGUGCCCACCGGUUUGAGGGCGAGACACUCCCAACGGUGUUUGAUGCUUUUGAGAAUGAUAAACACGCUCAGAAACGUCGCACCACUGGCAAUCCAGCCUAUCCUUUUCUUGACCUUGUGGAGGUCGAAUUGGCGCGGUGGUUGAACGAACGACUAACGUCCACGCAAAUUGAUGAAUUCCUGAAGUUGAAAUGGGUUCGCCGCCAUCCGCCGUCGUUUCAAACGUGCCAUACCCUACGUUCCUGGAUUGAGGAGCUCCCGUCCGGCCCAGUAUGGCGUACAGCUGAGAUUACUCUGGAGGGAUACAACCCAGCCCCACGCAAUGGCAAUCCACUGCUAAUAUACCGAGAUGGGCUCGAAUGUCUGGAGUAUCUGUACGGACUCCCAAUAUUCGCUCCGUUCUGCGCUCCCGAACCAUACGGCAUACACACGGCCUAUGGCCAGCGAGUCAUAACCGAUUUCAAUACCGCUUGUCAGGCAUGGAAUUUGCAGAACAAGCUUCCACGCGGUGCGACAGUCCUUCCCAUACAAUUUGGGGGCGACAAGAUUGAAGUGACGAACGGUACUGGCGACAUCGAGAUGCACCCCCUCCUCAUGACCCUGGCAGCCAUCCCUAGCGCAAUGCGUUCCAAGCUCUCCAAUAACGCGUGGAUAUGCAUCGCGUACCUACCCGUGGCGAAGUUCGAUGUGCAUCGGGACUACAACAGUGUCCUCGCCAAUCGUGUGCUCCAUGAGGCCAUGGACAUCAUCACGCGCUCGCUCAAGGACGCUAUGAGGGACGGGAAGGAAAUGGCUGACGGGUACGGCAACGUACGUUUGGUCUUUCCCCCAAUUGUGGCAUUUUCGGGCGAUCUUCCCGAGCAGCUAUCCAUGGCUGCAGUUGCUGCCUCCGUCUCCCCCGUCACUCUCGCCACCACGGCAUCCUUUGGUGAAGGUCACCAGCAUCCACCACGGACAAAAGCGCACACGCUCGACCUCAUCCAUCAAGUUUCGCAGAAGGUCGAUCCCUGGAAACUUCACGACUUCUUGCGUGAGUGUGGCAAGGUCGGCCUCAAUGGCGUUCACAAACCUUGGUGGCGCGAUUAUCCCCUUACUGACCCCCAUUUCCUGUGUCAACCCGACAUCCUUCACUCGGACUUCAAGUUCUUCUGGGAUCACGUCCACAAGGCAUGCCAGAUCCACGUCGGUUCCCAAGAACUUGAUCGCCGCUUCAAUGCGCGACACAAGCGGAUUGGGUAUGCUGGUCUGCGACGAGUCUCUGAGGUGAAGCAGAUGACGGGACGUAUGUACCGAGAGAUCAUGCGGACAACCGUUGUCGCUAUUGCAGGCGCUGUCUCACCUGGAUUCAUGCUUGCAAUACGAUCGCUCAUGGAGUUCCUCCUCAUAGCUCAAAGUCCCCGACAUACACCCACUUCCCUGGCGCGAAUGACGACUCUCCUACGCACCUUUCACGAGAACAAACACGCGAUCAUGGAUGCUGGUGGGCGCGGUUCGUUAGAUCACUGGCACAUCCCGAAACUCGAGCUGUUAUCCACCUGGGUACCUGCUAUCCUCUCGCAUGGUGCACUCCCCCAGUGGAGCUGUGACGCGAUUGAGCACCUCAUCCGUACCGAAGCCAAGAAACCGUUUGCGAUGUUUACGAAUCAUCGACGGAGCGAUUUCGGGACGCAGUGUGCACGUCACCUAGACCGCCUGGAGAAGCUACGUCUAUUCGAACUCUACUCCCUUUUCACAACGCAUGGCAUAGACCUCCAUAACCUACACCCUACUAGCGAAGCUGGUAUGAACGACGUCGAAUUCAAUGAUGCGUCGGCUGUUGGUGCAGCGCGUACCUGGGUAGCUAACUCGUUGCCUGGCGCUGAGCGCAGCAUUCGCGGUCCACGACUAUCGCGCAAUCUCUUCGCCACAGGGUCCCUCAGACCAGAAGACUCGAACGUUGCUUUUCAUCUCACCAAGAAGCCGACCGCAACAUACAGAGUCGACGAGAUAGCACGGAUUUAUCAGCUUCCUGACUUCCACGCCGCUCUCGUUGACUACGUCCGAGGCUUCGACCUGGACAGCCGAUGCGGAGACGACCAUUGGUCGAACCAUUCCCAUGGAGCAGGAUUUGAUGAAGUGCGUGUGUGGGACACAUACAGGAUCCAGGUGUUGUCCAUUUAUGACGACGCCGUUCGCCUGGAUCCCGAGACACUGCGUGCAGUACCACCAAACGAGACGUACCGUUACGGGAUGUGUGACGCAGUCCUCAUUGAUAGCGUGAAGGCGAAUGGAGAAUUGCGGGAGGAUGUCCGCGUCGUGUUCGAACCGGUUCCUCGCAAAGGCAACAUCAAGUUACCUCCACACCUGCAGGUGCCACUAGUGUACAUUCAAGAUUUCGCCUUCAACGACCUAAACGAACACGGGCAUCCCUGCAAGGCUGCUGGGAUUGAGAUGUACAAGCUGCGACGACGACUGUAUGCAGAUGCAGGAGGGGUUGCCCAGCGCGCAGGCGAGGUCAUCCCGUUGACAAAUGUAGUGCGGCCUGUCGAUAUUGCACCUGCUCAUGGCCAGAUUAUGCUCGAUACAGUCACGGAAUUCACUGCACUCGAGGUGCCGACCCACUUCUGGCUGAAUGAUCUAUGGGACAAGGAACUGUACGAGACAUUUGUAUCAGGUUACGAAUAG